UUCCCGAACAAUAGACCUAUCUCGUCCGCUUCGUCAAGGCCUCCGACGCCCGCGGCGUACCAGCAUCUCGAGCUUUCUCAAUCCUCCUCCCACGAGAAUGCAACCAUCCCUCCGAAUCGCGGUUCUCGAGUGCGACACGCCAAUCGGCCGCACAAAAGAGAAAUACGGUGGUUACGGUAACCUCUUCAAAGAGCUCCUCGAAAACGGCGCGAAAGAAGUGAACGCCCAACACCCACCCGAGCUAGACAUCCGCAAAUACGACGUUGUCAACCACGAAGUAUACCCCGAGCUCGACGAUGUAGACGCCAUACUUCUCACAGGAAGCAAAUACAACUCCUUCGACAACGACCCAUGGAUUUUGAAAUUGGUCGAGUUCACACGCAAAGUGCUGGCGCAGAAACGUGUGCGGUUGAUCGGAGUAUGUUUCGGACAUCAGAUUAUCGGCAGGGCGAUGGAUGUCAAAGUCGACCGGAGUGAUCGCGGAUGGGAAGUGAGUGUGGUGAAUGUCAAGAUGACUGAUAAGGGGAGGGAGUUGUUUGGUAUCAAAGAGGGACAAGAGCUGGCGAUACAUCAGAUGCACCGCGACAUUGUCUACACUUACCCGCCAUCUGUCGAGCCGCUGGGACAAACAGAUCGGUGUGAUGUGCAGGGCAUGUACGAGAAGGGCAGACUUGUCACGGUGCAGGGCCAUCCAGAGUUCACGGGUGAUAUCGUGGAGGAGCUGUUGCAGAGUCGGCACAAGCAGGGCAUUUUCGAUGACAAGAUGUUUGAGGAGGGAAUGGAGAGGGUGAGGAGACCGCAUGAUGGUGUCAAGGUCGGAGCGGCAUUUUUGAGGUUUCUGUUGGAGGACUAA